AUGCUGGUGGUUCUACUCACAGCAGCCUUGUUGGCCCUGAGCUCAGUUCAGAGAUCAAAUGCAGAGAUCAUCUAUGAAGACUCUUCUGCUCAGCUCUUAGAGGAAGAGUACCAAAGCCAGGGAAAUGCUCAACAGCAUCAGCGACCCCCUCCUGGAGAUGCACCAAGCCCUUCUGAUUCUGACAAUGAUGACGAAGAUGGUGAUGCUGGUGAUGAUGAGGGUGACAAUGAAGAAGGUGGAAAUGAUCCAGAAAAACCACCACAUCAUCCUCGCCCACCUAAACCUGGAAAACCCCAUGGCCCACCCCAGGAGGGAGGCCAGCAUCCUCCUCCCCCCCCUCCUAAACCUGGAAAACCACAUGGCCCACCCCACGAGGGAGGCCAGCAUCCUCCUCCCCCUCCUAAACCUGAAAAACCAGAAGGCCCACCUGAGGAGGGUGAGGGCAGUGAUGAAGAUGGCGGGAACGGUGAUGCAGAGGCAAAGAUCAUCAGUGAAGACUCUUCUGCUCAGCUCUUAGAGGAAGAGCAAAAAAGCCAGGGCAAUGGUCAGCAGCUUCAGGAAGAUGAGGAAGGUGAAGAACCUGGAGAUGCUGAGGAUGACAAUGGAGAAGAAAAACCACCAGAGAAACCACCACAUCAUCCUCGCCCUCCUAAACCUGGAAAACCACAUGGCCCACCCCAGGAGGGAGAGGAGGGUAAACCCCGCCCUCCUAAACCUGAAAAACCAGAAGGCCCACCCCAGGAGGGAGAUGAGCAGAAACCCCGCCCUCCUAAACCAGAAAAACCAGAAGGCCCACCCCAGGAGGGAGGUGAGGAGAAACCUCGCCCUCCUAAACCAGAAAAACCAGAAAACCCACCUGAGGAGGGUGGUAACAAAGAGGCAAAGAUCAUCAGUGAAGACUCUUCUGCUCAGCUCUUAGAGGAAGAGCAAAAAACCCAGAGCAAUGGUCAACAGCUUCAGGAAGAUGAGGAAGGUGAAGAACCUGGAGAUGCUGAGGAUGACAAUGGAGAAGAAAAACCACCAGAGAAACCACCACAUCAUCCUCGCCCUCCUAAACCUGGAAAACCACAUGGCCCACCCCAGGAGGGAGAGGAGGGUAAACCCCGCCCUCCUAAACCUGAAAAACCAGAAGGCCCACCCCAGGAGGGAGGUGAGGAGAAACCUCGCCCUCCUAAACCAGAAAAACCAGAAAACCCACCUGAGGAGGGUGGUGACAAAGAGGCAAGUAACCUCUAA